AUGAAGCAGGUUCGUUCUACGAGUGGCCUAGCUAGAGAAACCACAGGAGUUCUCACACAAGCUACCAACGAAGUCAACGAAGAGGAAUCCUCAUCGACGCAGAAACCGGAGGGAAUUGAACCCACUACUCUCCCCCUUUCCGAUCUCGAACAUUCCAUCAUCGGAUGGGAAAGUCAAGAUGACCCGAAAAUGCCCCUGAACUUCUCAUCAGCUCGAAAGUGGGUAAUUGUGUGGUCACUGGCUGCUAUCACUUUUAUGUCCCCUUUUUCGUCCUCUGUCUUAGCUCCCGCUAUCUCAUAUAUCAACCAAGACUUUCAUAAUACGAAUCCCACUGUAGGGCCAUUCCCUGUCAGUAUAUAUCUGCUCGGCUACGCAACAGGACCUUUAUUCUUAGCUCCGCUUUCUGAGAUCUUCGGUCGCGCUGGCGUACUCACCUUAUCCAACAUCUUUUUCUGUUUAUGGCAUAUUGGGUGUGCUUUAUCUCCGAACCUAGCCUUCCUCGUCGCGUUUCGAUUUUCCGCUGGUAUCGGAGGGAGCGGCUGUAUGACACUCGGAGGCGCGAUCAUUGGCGACUUAUUUCCUAUAGAGUCUCGCGGCGUUGCACUUAGUGUGUGGGCGCUGGGUCCACUUAUCGGGCCAACGGUCGGCCCAUUGAUAGGGGCUUUCAUUGCUGGUUCUAUCGGUUGGCGUUGGUCGUUCUGGAUUGUGUUAAUCCCAUCAGGUAUUAUCACUAUAAUUUUGGCUAUUUUUUUGCCCGAGACGAAUCAUAAGGUCCUCAUGCAACGGAAGGUCAAGCGUCUGAGCAAGGAAUGGAAACGAACCGACCUUAAAACAUGCUACGAAGCCGAUGAGUCUCGAAAGGUGUCCCAGUUGAAAAUUCUUACGAUCGGUAUGCUGAGACCGUUGAAGAUGCUCAUAUUUGCGCCUAUGAUUUUUAUUCAAUCCUUAUACGUCUCCUUCAUCUACGGCUCCGUCUACUUAAUGUACAAUUCCAUUCCCCCGACCUUCGAAUCACAAUAUCGAUGGGGUACUGGUAUUUCUGGUUUGGUUUUCAUAUCUAUCGGCGUCGGUUACAUGGUUGGCCUCUGGGCUUUUUCCAUGCUUUCGGACAGAACGGUCGUACGGUUAACUAAAGCCAAUGCCGGUGCAUUCAAACCCGAGUUUCGUCUAACUAUUAUGAUAUGGUACUCUUUCCUCUGCCCGCUCGCCUUCUUUUGGUAUGGAUGGUCGGCUCAGGUACGCACUCAUUGGAUCGUACCAAUCAUCGGAUUAUUCCCACUCGGAUUUGGUGUGAUCGGCGUCUUCAUGCCGACCCAGGCUUAUAUCAUUGACGCCUACCCUUCAUACGCCGCAUCUGGGAUCGCCGCCUUCACAGUUCUGCGUAGCGUCAUCGCUGCUUUUCUCCCGCUUUGUGGUCCGGCAUUGUUCGAUAACUUGGGAAUCGGCUGGGGAAGCUCUGUGCUUGGGUUUAUUGGCGUGGCUAUGAUACCAGUCCCUAUGAUUAUAUUCAAGUUCGGCGCAAAGUUGAGGGAGAGGUACCCCUUAAAGCUUUAA